AUGAUUGCGACUUCCGCAGUGCUACUGGCGCUGCUGUCUAGCGCCGAUGCUAUGUUUACAGUAAAACGGCAGGUAGCUCGCGAGCUUCUCUUCGAAGGAAUUCGACCAUCGAAAGAGAUUGAGUGGAGCCCAUGCAACGAAACACAAACUGUAUACAUGGAAUGUGCACGAUUGAUUGUACCACUCGACUACCAAGAUCCAGAUAACGGUCUGGAAGCCAUCAUCCCGAUUGUCAAGUACCCCACCAAUGCAACGGGUGCCAACUAUAAAGGGGCCGUUCUCACAAACCCUGGAGGUCCUGGCUACCUUGGUACCGAAUUUAUAUACGGCCCUGGUGUCGCCAACUUGAUCGCAAACAAUGUCACAGGGCCCGGAUAUGAUAUCCUUGGUUUUGAUAUUCGAGGUGUUGGAUACAGCGUUCCAUAUGGUUCUUGCAAUAUUACCGCCGAUGAGCUUUUCGACCCUCUCCGACAAAAUGCUACUGAGGGAAACAGUUUUACCAAGAGGACUACUAGACAUUUAAAGUCCGGUAUUGCAAUUCCUGCUGGCGCCAAAGAGACGGAAACAUCUCCAUAUGGUUUCUUCAUCCCUGAGCUUCCACCAUCGUUCCUGGGCCAGGCCGCUGCUCAAGCGGACGAACUUACCGCACAAUGCAUCGCAUAUACAGGCGCUGAUAACCAAGCCGGCCCGCAUAUGAAUACCGUUGUCACUGCAACUGAUAUGCUUUGGAUUGCUAGAGCGCUUGCGCGUGCUCGUGGGCAAAACGAUACAAACGCCCUAGUCCACUUUUACGGUAUUAGCUAUGGUACCGUGCUCGGACAAACAUUUGCGACUCUCUACCCCAAUCAUGUCGGAAAGUUCGUUUUGGAUGGUGUUGUUAACAUGGACGGAUGGCAAACCCGAACUGAAACAGACAUUGUUCGCAAUGCUGACGAAGGGUUCUUUGAAUUCUUCAAGCGAUGUUUCGCAGCCGGUCCUAAGAAGUGUGCUUUUGCGACUGGAAUGUGCUAUCAAGACACAAUCAACCGCUUCAAUAGAAUGAUGUCACGAUUUAACGCCACGGAGGCCGAGGUUCAGGGUAGUGCAUUGGCAGUCCCACUCACUGCUCUUAUUGCCCAGCUGAGAGGUACAAUUCUCGACUCUUUGUAUGCUUCCAUCGACAGUUGGGAGGGUCUUGCUUGGAUCCUUAACGCCUUAGACAAAGCUACUCGCGGCCCAAUCAUGAGGUGGAAUGUUACCGAAAUAACUACCAUUAUUACAACGCCACUCUCGCCGCCAUCCUCGAACCCGAGUGCUCCCGCGCCACUCCAACUUAGGGGGUAUUCCUUCUUCCAAACUGCUUGCGGCGAUGCACCAUCCAUCUAUAAUUAUUCAGUUACGCCAGUGGAGGUUUAUACUUAUCUCAAGGCCAGCGCCAUCGCGGGACACGCUAGACUCAUCGGCAGAGUCACCUGUUCGAGAUAUUCAAUCCGUCCCAAGUGGGAAUGGUCUGAGAAAAUCGGUGGCAAGACUAAGACACCAAUCUUGUUCUUUGGAAACACAUUAGACCCAGUAACCCCAUGGGAUGAUGCUGUCACAGCCGCCCAGAAAUUCCCAGGUGCUGAAGCAGUUGUUGUCGACCUUAUUGCACACUCUACUUUUGCGCAACGAAAUACAUGUGCCGUUAAGAAACUUAUAGCCUAUUUCCAGCAAGGGAAAUUGCCAGGCGCCAACUUCAAGUGUGCGGAAGAACUAAGGCCAUUCUCAUAA